AUGCCUGAGACGAAGGAAGAAAUACCAGAAAACAUGGACACGUCUAGCACUAACAAGAGGACAAGGGAGGAGGCGGAAGGGAAGAAGGUGAAUGUAAUGAAAGCUUCCGAGGAACCACCGGCUAAGGCGAUUAUUGUGCGACGAAGACCGGCACCUAACGCCCUAAGUGAACGUCGUAUAGCCGAGACCCAGCCGCCGACCCAACUCCAACAGCAGCAAGAACAGGCUCAGCAGAAGCAGACAGUUCAUCAAGUGCAGACACAGCAACAGCAACCACUGCCGAAGCAGCAGACUCUUCAGCAGCGACAGACAAGUCAUCAUCAGCAGCAGCAGUUACAACAGCAGCAGAUGCCAUCAACGGGGUCGCCGUCAAAUCAACAGCCCCCGUAA